CUGCGACGGUCAACAAGAAAAACACUCAACCGACCGAUAACCAUCCCACAACCAACCCCAUCUCUCAUAACAUCCCUCAUCCCACAUCCAACAUGGCUGGAACUACCAUCUCUCACUCCACCCCGGGGAAACAGAUGGAGCCGAAUCUCAGAAAGAAACGGUCAUCGAACCAGCUUUCCAACACCAAACAAGUCAAAUCGAACACCGGAAGGUGGAAGAACAGGCCAAACAGACCUCAGCUUCAGCUAAAUGCAGCAGAGCGGAAGCAGGUCCAUGAUCUCUUGAAAAGUUUCAGCGGCCCAAAGAAUUUCGCAUUGCCACUCGACCUUCCACCUUGGUCACCGCCAUCACUACUCGAAGAUAUCACUCCGGAAUUGAUCAUCUUUCGCGAUUAUGGCUCAAGUCUUGACGACUGGGAUCGUUCAGAACUCAAGGAGGAACAAGCCAGACAUCCCACUGAGCCAAACAACCAGAACGAGUGGCAAAAACCUUGUGGACCUGUUCACAACUCCAACCAAUCGUCCACCAACUCUCACCCGACAACUACAAUGGCCAUCAACACGGCUACUGCCAGCUCUUCCUCAGCCUCUCCUGAGACAUUCAGCUCUCCAACCGAUCAACCACCCAAGCCCAGCAAAGGAAGGAAUGGCCAUACCGAACCGAGAUAUGAAACAGCUCGGAAUACCAAAAUUCCAUCCGAAGUACAGCCUGAUCGAUCAGCGGUCUCAAUCAAAGGCAAAGGCAAGGCUGACCCAGAGAUUGAUUGGACGGGAUGGGAGGCUCAGCACUAUAACAGGAAUGAACUUGAAAGAAUGCAAUCCCGGUAUGCGGAUCGAGCGAGAGAAUUCAAGAGAUUAUCUGAUGUUCAACGACAACAGAUAUCCCAAGCCCGUGCAGCCCUACCUGACCCCAGGGCGCCGAUCCCAGAAGAAGCAGAAGUGAUGAGCGACUUAGCGGCCGUUGGAUGUGUGGACUCGCUCCUGCUCUUCACACAAUCUUUCCUGGCUACCGAGCUCUCUAGACCAACAAUGACUCGGACUGAUCAGUGUUCUCAGUGGAGUAGCAUGAUCGGAUUCUUGGAAGUGGCUAAAUCAACUACUCGUCGGUCGGGCAUCCAGCUCACACACGCAAUUUGCUUAAUGUAUGAAAGCUUGCUUCUCGACCGACUGGUCGAAGCUGAUAGGCCGAUCCUACUUCAGACUUAUUCCCACGAAACAGACACAGAAAAACUGUUAGAAGGGUUCAAGAAGCUGAAGCGGAUCAUGAACUACCAGGAAAUUUCCAAGGCAUCCUGGCUCUCGGCCGAGAAGAUCUUUGACCGGAUCCUCUCACCUUCAUCCUCACCCGCCCCCGCAUCAGCGACGAACCCAAUGGAGUCAGAUAGGAGUUACCGGACGAUCGGCUUGCCCAAGCUGAAAGCCUUACUCCAGCAUAUGCGUGUUCGCGAGCGCAAUAAUGCCCCCAGACUCUUGAGCGUAGAUCGCCCCUACAGGUUUUGUUGGCCCCUCGACAAAACUAAUCUCGACUCAAUGGCCGACUUCGUCGCUUUCUCCAGAUGUGCUCUCGACGAAUUCCUUGAAGCCAAUCACACCCGAAUCCGCUUCAAGCUCGCCAGGUUCGACGAUCAGCACAUCGUCUUUCCAAAUCAAACUCCGAAGCCUCCCUCCUGACACAAAAUUUGUGUCCAUUUUCACUCUCAACUUUAACUUAUAUAUUGUUUAGUUAAUCUUCUCCUUCUUGCCAUCGAUUAUUGUAACAUCAAAUGUAAAAAAAAACAUCAUCUCAAUGGGUCGUUCCAAAAAAAAGUAAAAAUCUGGUUUUAAA